AGUCAAUAAAAUUACGAAAUAAUUGAAGCUGAUGUAAAAAUCAAAAUUGAUUACAUAUUACAAUGUGUAAACAUCCAUUCCUUCGUGGUACUAUAGAAAAAAACUACAAAAACAAAUUACCAUUUUCUUUAAUUAAAUUUUGUUUUAAAUAAAUUUUAUUUUUUUCACCCAAGUUAAAAAAUAUAAAUAAGAAGUAUGAAAAAAAAUAAACUCGCAUAUGUAUAUCUAUUUCAUCAAAAAAUAUGAAGACAUGUUGAUGUAAGUUGAGUAGCCGAGAAAAGUCAAGUGAGUGGUAAAAGUGUCGAGAGUGGUCGAUAUAAUAAUGGAAGGGGGAUUUUCUUUCUAUAAAAUAGUUUAGGUAGAAUGAAUAUAUAAUAGUCUCACAUCAGCAUUUUUAUUGAUCUUAUAAUUUUAUCCUUCCAAAAGUUUAAAGAUUAAUUCCGAAAAAAUCUUUAAAAAUCAUUUUUUGAUUAGAAUUAAUAAUUAAACUUAAUUAUCAGUGUUUGACGACAAAUUCAAUUAUUGAAUCAUUCAUUCUAUAGUAUUUUAUUACAUUUUUAUCUCUGAACUGAAAAGAAAUAAAUAAAUAAUGAUAAGUUCAGUGCCAUUUAAAAUUCCAGUUGAUCCUAAACUUAUGGAGGGAGGUAAUUAUAUCAAAGAAGGAAGAGAUUCUACCAGAAGUACAUGCUUAAUCUUUUCACCCACAGAUGAAGAUGAAGUCGGAGCUCUAGGAAAAUAUCUCCAAAUAUUCAGUGAGCAUCAGGUAAACCUGUUACACAUUGAAUCACGAAGUUCUUUACGUAAAACCAACAAUUAUGAAUUUAUGGUAGAAUGUGCACCAGGAGGAAAUCUCGGAGCUGUCAUUGAAGCUGUCAGAACUCAGAGCAGUUACUUUUCUAUCAUAUCCAGAAAUCAUGAAAAUAAUAUGGAUACAGUACCUUGGUUUCCAAGGAGAAUUCGAGACUUGGAUAAGUUUGCCAAUCAAAUACUUUCUUAUGGCUCUGAAUUAGAUGCUGAUCAUCCUGGAUUUAAAGACCCUGUAUAUCGAAAGAGGAGAAAGUAUUUUGCUGAUCUUGCCUAUAAUUAUAAACAUGGUCAACCAAUUCCACGAGUAGAAUAUACUGAAGAGGAAAUUAAAACUUGGGGAGUAAUUUUUCGAAAAUUAACUGAAUUGUAUCCAAAAUACGCUUGUAGAGAACACAAUCACGUUUUCCCUCUUUUGAUAGAAAAUUGUGGUUAUAGAGAAGAUAAUAUUCCUCAGUUAGAGGACAUUUCUAACUUUUUAAAAGACUGCACAGGAUUCACUUUAAGACCCGUUGCGGGAUUAUUAUCAUCCCGUGAUUUUCUGGCUGGUCUUGCUUUUAGAGUAUUUCACAGUACACAAUAUAUCAGACAUAGCAGCAAACCACUUUACACGCCAGAACCUGAUGUUUGUCAUGAGGUUCUGGGUCACGUUCCAAUGCUUGCCGAUCCGGCAUUCGCUCAAUUUUCUCAAGUUAUUGGACUGGCAUCUCUUGGUGCUCCUGACGAGUACAUUGAGAAACUAGCUACUUGCUUUUGGUUUACUGUUGAAUUCGGAUUAUGCCGACAACAAGGAGAAUUAAAGGCUUAUGGUGCUGGUUUGCUAUCUUCAUUUGGAGAAUUAGAAUAUGCUCUAAGUGGAAAACCAGAACUUCGAGCUUUUGAACCUGCUAAAACUGCUGUACAAAACUAUCCAAUUACAGAAUAUCAACCAGUAUAUUUCGUUGCUGAAAAUUUUGAAGAUGGUAAAGAGAAAAUGUUGAAAUUUGCACAAACUAUACCGAAAAAAUUUGGAGUACGAUACGAUCCAUACACUCAAAGUAUCAGUAUAAUUGAUAGUAAGCAUCAAAUUGAAGAUUUAAUAACAAUUGUAAAUUCAGAAAUGGAAAUAUUGAUGGAUGCAUUGAAAAAAUUGAAGAAUUAAUAAAAUAUUAAUAUUCACCGAUUUAUUAUUUUUUUUUUUAAGAAAAUUGAGCUCAAUAAUGAUGUUAAACUAAAUAUAAAUGUAAUUGUUAUAAAUAUUUGAUACAAAAUUUGAAUUCAUUAAUGUAUGUUAUCACAUGAAAUAUCCAAAUACGAGAGUUAGCUUGAUUCGGCGUUUAUUGAUUUUCACAUAAUGUAGUUGAAAACAAAAAUAAAUAUUACAUUUAAUUGAUAUUUAAUUUAUAUA